AUGGCAUGCCCAACUUGUAACCAAGACACUCCUUCAAUACGUGUAACUGGUAAAUGUGCUUAUGUUGGUCAUCGCCGGUUCUUAGAUGCCAACCAUCCUUGGAGAACAAGUCUCGACUUUAACGGGAGACCCGAGACACGAGACCCUCCGAGACAGUUUAGCCCAGCUGACAUAGAAGCUCAACUAGGUCGUUUAAUUAAUCGUCUACCAGGCAAGCAUCCAGAUUUUGGAGGUGGGAGGAUAACCCGGUCAGAUUUCGAGUUGAACUGGUCCAAAAGAAGCAUAUUUUUUGACCUUGAGUAUUGGUCUUCUCUGCAGCUGAAACAUAACUUAGAUGUAAUGCAUAUAGAGAAAAAUGUGUGCGACAACUUGCUCGGUACUCUUCUAAUGAACGAUAAGAGCAAAGACACGCCAAAUGCGCGGUCCGACUUGGAAAAACUAAACAUUCGGCCGUCACAAUGGCUGAAACAAUCGGGUGGCAAGUUCUUAAGUCCCCACCCAAAGUACUCAUUCAAGUCCGAUGAUCGAAAACUUUUUUGUCAGUUUAUAAAAAAUGUUAAAAUACCAGAUGGGUUUGGAUCUAAUAUCAGUAAGAGGGUGACAGAUAACAAUGCUAACAUUACCGGGUUGAAAUCUCAUGACUGUCAUAUCCUCAUGCAACGUUUGAUACCGAUUGGGGUUAGAGGGCUUUUGACUAAAGAUACAUCUACACCAAUAGUAGACCUUUGUAUGUUCUUUAAGCAACUUUGCUCUAGAACACUAUCGGUGGAUGAUAUGAAGAAAGCAAAGGAUGACAUUGUUACCAUCUUAUGCAAGUUAGAGAUGAUCUAUCCACCUGCGUUUUUUGACAUUAUGGUUCAUUUACUUGUGCAUUUACCUGAUGAAGCGAUUGCAGGAAGUCCAGUAGCUUUUAGAUGGAUGUAUUCAUUUGAAAGGUACAUGAAAAAACUAAAGAACUAUGUCAAAAACCCGACAAGGCCUGAAGGUUGUAUAGCUGAAGCUUAUGUGUUUGAAGAAGCUCUAACAUUUUGUUCAAUGUACCUUAAAGAUGUUCAGACUAAUUUCAAUCGCCCAGAUAGAAACGAUGAUGUCGUUGUUGAAAAAAGAAAGUUAUGGGUGUUUGAGUCCAAAUGUCGUUAUGUUGGCGCAAGAAAGGAGAAAUAUCUAUCAUUCAUCGAAAAAAGCAAGAUGGAAUGGUUUGUCCUCGAAAACUGCGCAGAAGUUAGGGAGUACAUGAAUGAAUUCGAACAUACACAUCCCCAUGAUGAUCUUAAAACCAAAUUUUCGGGAUGGUUUCUCCAUAAGGUCCAUUCGAUGAAAACACAAAAUUCUCCAGAAUUCCACCCGGAGUUGUAUGCUCUUUCAAUUUGUGCGAAAAUGACUGCUUACACUUACACUGCUUGCAUAGUCAACGGUGUUAGGUUUAAGACACUUGAACGUGAUGCAAAAUGCGCAACGCAAAACUCUGGCGCGGAAGUGGUUGGAGAGAACGGUGUGAAAUUUUAUGGCCAAUUAGAAGAAAUUAUUGAGUUGCGUUAUACAAAUGAUUAUUCCACUGUCCUAUUUCGGUGCAAGUGGUUUGAUACUCAAAGGGGUGUAAACCAUGACAAUAAUAUCACCAGUAUAAGCACUGAACAUGAAUGGGACAAAGACGAUCAACUCAUAUUUGCUUCACAAGCCAAACAAGUGUUCUUCAUCCAAGAAACGUCUCGAAACCAAAAAAAUAAACAUAGGUGGGUAGUCGAAAAUGUUAAUCAUCGAAGAAUUUGGGAUCGGCCAUUAAGUGAUGACCGCGUCAAUAAGGUUCAAAAUGUUGACAAACACUUAGAAGAUAGGGACAUUGUCGACAACAACUCUUCAUCUGACUAUCCACUUGUCAUUGACUUGACCCAAUACUUUCAAAUUGGAUCUUCUCAUGUUAUUGCGGGUGAGCCUUCAAUUGAAGUUGAUCCCCCAACGGCCACCGUCGAUGAAGUGUUUGAAGUCGAGACUGAUAGUGAUGAGGUCGAGGCUGAUUAUGAUGAGGAUGAUCCCGAUUAUGUGGAGUCUGACUAA